AUGGGGAAGGAGUCGAAAAGGAAUUGGGUAAAAAGUGUGGGGCGAGAUCACAAGAUUAGUUUUCUUUGUCUGCAAGAAUCGAAAAUGGUUGUUCAGCAUGAGUGGCAAGUUGCUUCGGUGUGGGGCGGAAAUCAUUUUAAGUUCGCAUCUAUUGAUCCGGUUGGCAGGUCGUCCGGUCUUCUUACGAUUUGGAAUGAUUCUAUGUUCCAAGCUUUAGAUGUGGAGAAGAAAGAUAGGUUUAUUGUGGUCGUUGGAAAGUGGCUUAGUUCACAGGUUGAUCUUGGGGUGAUAAAUGUUUAUGCGCCACAUGACUUUCAAAACAAAAAGCUUCUCUGGGAGGAGCUGUUGGGAACGAUAAGAAAGGCUCCUCGUUUAGCUUGGGUAAUUUGUGGGGACUUCAAUGAAGUUCGGGCGGCUGAGGAACGAAAAGGUUCGAAUUUUGAUCCUAUUGGAGCAAGAUUCUUUAAUGAUUUUAUUGCUUCUGCAGGUCUUAUAGAUAUUCGUCUUGGUGGGCGUAAGUUUACUUGGAUGAGCAGAGAUUAUUCUAAGCUAAGCAAGCUGGAUCGUUUCCUGGUUAGCGCGGAAUUUGUUAACUUGUUGCCUAUGUCAAAUGCUCUAGCUCUCCCUAGAAUCUUUUCGGAUCAUUGCCCUAUUAUUUUGGACUCUAGAAGUAUCGAUGGUGGGCCUAUCCCGUUCAAAUUUUUCAAUUCGUGGCUUUCUGACAAAGACCUGCAAGAGGUGGUGGAAAAAAGUUGGAAUAUGUCUGGCCCGGAGUUAGAAGUUUUCUCGAAGCUAUAG